CGGUACUAUGGUCAGGAUUUAACGUACAGCGAGUUCUUAUAGGUGAAUUUCUCUGCCGCUAGGGUACGCUCACACUAGGACUGAGGAGAUGGAUACAUGGACGUAGGGUGACCUUGGUGAGUCGAAGAAGUGAGACGAGGACAACGGUGGAGCAGACGACAGUCUAGUCCCGGUAGGAGAGAAGGCGCCGUAGACAUAGCUGAAGUUAGCAAGAUGGUAAUGGCACACUUGCCUUCCUUUCAGCUGCAUUUCAGCGAUCCUAUUUUGAAGGGACUUGCGUGUAUCGCUAAACUGGACGGCAAACAUCCAUCGCUCGUGUGUGGUACAGACGGUGGCAGAAUCUUCGUGCACACGCCUCAUCAGCAAAACCAGACUGGGGAUGGUAAGACCUCCAGCAGCGGGCGGAUGAACGACGUACAAUAUCUCAACAUCAAUCGACCGAUAAAAGCCCUUGCUGCUGGUGCACUGGACCCUAUGCAAGACCGAGAGUUCCUUUUCAUUGGGACUCAGGCAACUUUGCUGGCGUAUGAUGUGGAGGCAAAUGCAGACGUCUUUUACAAGGAUGUGCCAGAUGGGGUGUCUGCGCUGGCGUUUGGCUCAAUGACAGGAAGCAAUGGCGUUCCCCUGGUCUUCGUUGGGGGCAAUUGCUCCAUCCAGGGGUUCGAUGUAGAUGGCGCAGAGGUCUUCUGGACUGUAGCUGGGGAUAACGUGACUGCAAUGACUUUAUGCGAUAUCAACAUGGACGGAGUUGAAGAAUUGAUAGUGGGGUCAGCAGAUUACGAAAUCCGCAUCUUUCAGAAUGAAGAGGUAUUGAGUGAGAUUACGGAAGCUGAUUGCGUCACUGGACUCUGCCACACUUCUGGCAAUUGGUUUGCCUAUGCUCUGCAGAAUGGGACAGUUGGGGUCUAUGAGAAGGUAAACAGGGUUUGGCGAGUGAAAAGCCGGCAUUUUGUAAAUUCCAUAUGUGCUUUCGAUAUCGAUGGAGACGGCUUUCCCGAGGUUAUCACUGGCUGGUCCAAUGGGAAGCUGGAGGCUCGAAGUGCGCGGACCGGAGACGUGGUUUUCCGAGAUCAUCUUCCUUCUCCCAUAACUGCACUGUUGGUUUCAGAUUACCGCAUGUCAGGCUCUGAAGAGCUCAUCUGCUGUUGUCAGGAUGGACAGGUGAGAGGGUAUCUUCCUUUGGUAAAACAGGAGUCGAGCAUUAGCAAAGCCAACAUCGCUGCCGUUGGCGUUCCCGGGCCAGAAGAUGUUGCUCAACAGGAGCAGACACUAGCCGACCUCAGCCGGCUGAAGCAGGAGCUGAUGUAUGAGCUGUUGACGUAUGAGAAUAGGCUCAGGCCCUCGGCAGCCAGCUUUUCAGAGGGGUCCAUCUGGACACAAGCGAACACCAGAAUGACAUGUACUCUUGAGCGCAACAUAAAACUCCGCUGUUGCGAGCUGCUGCUGAACACAAACAAUGAUGCUGUUAUCCGAGGCGUCAUCGUGAUUGGAGAGCAUGUCUGUGAAGGGGGCUCCUUCUUCUUCUGCCCGUCCGUUCCCGUGUCCGCGCUCAGCGUCCCUGUCAGCCCUGUGAAAGACGUGCAGAUGACGCUGAACAUCAAGGCACUCAUUGGAGCCAAGACAAGUCCUUUGUACCAUGUGUAUGAACUGGAAUGCCUCCUGCCCAAGUUCUCAAUGUACACACCUUUAUCUGAUCAGCAGCGUCUGGAGAUGGACGUCAUGGACCCGAUUUCAAGUCUGAGAUUUCCAGUGAAUGAGCGAAUACCGAGGGUGAUGUUGUGGCUGAACGAGAACUUCCAAGUUGAUUUGCAACCAAGGCCAAACACGGACACAUUUGAUCUGUACUUUCUGUCACUCCGGGACAUGCGUCCUCUCAUAAUCUCCCUUUCAACAGAGGAUGGAGGUCAGAUGAUUAUCAGAACCGAUAACAUGGAGCUCAGUGGGGAUUUUGUUCAGGACCUGUGCUCUAAUCUGAUGAUCACUGAGCUAGAAUCCAUUGCAGACUUUCCUUCGGAGAUGGAUGAGUUCUGCAGAGUCCUGGAGGAAGUCGAAAACUAUAACACAACACGCCAGCAGAUGACCAUGGAUAUGGCAGAUGCUUGCAAUCAAGUUAAAGCCUUGCUCAUUAGAGCAGAAGACGCUCGCAUGCUGGGAGAUAUGAAGCUCAUGAAACGGAUGUACAGUGAGCUGUACUCAGCAAACAACGGACUUAUCCUGGAGCACACGAAAAGGGCCACCAACCAUGCGGCAUUGCUGUCUGCAUUGAAGCAAGUAAGGAUUAAAAAUUAAAAAUCAACACCCAGCACCCUU